UCUUAUACGUAGUUAAGCGGCGGAAGGUAAACGACGCUGUGCGGAACGUCUCUCAUCCACUACUAUAGACGCUAUGUUAAUUUUUGCACCUGACCUAAAAAUUUCCAAUGAACAGCUCGCGCCUCUAAUUUCUGUGAAUAUAAUCCAGACGUCACCAAAUAAUGCCUCAUGUUGAGUUAUAAAAUCUUAUUGAUUUAAAAAACGGGUGCCUGAAAUUUGAUCAAAGUCGUUGCUUCAAUCGGAGCGAGUGUCAGCGGAGUGCUACGAAGUGCAAGGCGGCGGAGGUCGCGGGAGCGUCGCCGGCCAGUGGGUCAGUGUGCGGGCCCGGCUCCGCGCGCCUCGCACCGCGAUCGAUACCGCUUCGCGUCUAAAGGGACCGCACGCCCGUGUCAUAUUAAGAAGCUUAAUGGCACGUGAUUGAGUGACGUGACGUGGGAGCUGGGAGAAGAGUGCGUGUCGGUGUGAGUGUGUCCGCACGCGCCACACCCGCGCGGCGCGCGUGUGCGUGCAGGUGUAGGCCGGCCGCGGGUCGCACGCGCAGCGCCCGCUCCGUGCAGUGCGUCCUGGACCGUCGUUCGUUCGCCUCCUCUGCAACUCUUCAAAAAAUAAUUCAAUCGCUUCCUUCACACCGACGGGAACCAUUUACGAGCGCGGCCCGAUAACAGACUUUAGGUAUCCACAGGAACGCCGCCCGUGGGGAUAUCAGUAACGACAAGUGACGCGGAAAAGCAGUUAUGGACGAAAAGGCGGAGACGGUGCACCUGAAGCCGGUGUCCAACACUGCUUCGCCCAGCAUCACCAACAACCAAGGAGAGGAGCAGGAAGAUGACUACGAUCCGCAUUUACAUCGUCAACUCGAUAAUCCAACCAACAACAUGGAGACGCUGGUUCACUUGUUGAAGUGCAGCCUGGGUACGGGCAUCCUAGCAAUGCCACAGGCCUUCGCGCGCUCCGGCCUCGUCACCGGCAUCGUCGCCACCGUGCUCGUUGGCAUCCUCGUCACCCACUGCCUUCAGAUCUUGGUGCGGUCGCAGUACGCGGCGUGCAAGCGGCGGCGCGUGCCGCUGCUGCCCUACCCUGAGGCGGCGGCCACGGCGCUGGGCUGCGGCCCGCCCGCGCUGCGCUCGCUAGCGCGCCCCGCCGCGCUAGCCGUCGACAUAUUUCUCGUCGUCUACCAGCUGGGCAUCUGCUGCGUCUACAUUGUUUUCAUCGCUGACAAUAUUAAGAAGGUCGUUGACCCUUACUACACGAUGGCGGUUGAGAUCCACAUGCUCAUCAUCCUGGGUCCGUUGAUCGCGUUCAACUUGAUCCCAAGUCUGAAGAUGUUGGCGCCGUUCUCGGCGCUCGCCAACCUGAUGACCUUCGUGGGUUUGGGUAUCAUCGUGUACUUCCUGCUGACUGGCGAGAGGUCCUCGCAGGAGCUGGAUUUAUGGGGCUCGCCGACUACCUUCCCCUUAUUCUUUGGCACUAUACUUUUCGCGUUAACCGCCGUCGGCGUCGUGAUCGCCGUCGAGAACAACAUGAAGACCCCGAAGGCGUUCGGGCGGCCGUGCGGCGUGCUCAACCUCGGCAUGGUCAUCAUCGUGGUGCUGUACGUGGCCAUCGGCGCCAUCGGCUACGUAUACUGCGUGUCCGACUGCAGCGACUCCAUCACCCUGGACCUACCCAAGGGCCCGCUGGCGUCGAGCGUGAUCGUAAUGUUCGCUAUCGCGAUCUUCAUCAGCUACGGGCUGCACUGCUACGUGCCCGUGGAGGUCCUCUGGAAGGGCUAUCUGUUGCCACGGCUGGAGCGCUCCGGCUCCACCAGGCUGCGUCUCUGGGAGUACGGGCUCAGGAUUGCAUUGUGUUUGCUCACUUUCGUGCUGGCGGUGUCGGUGCCGAGGCUGGGGCUGUUCAUCUCCCUGUUCGGCGCGCUGUGCCUGUCGGCGCUCGGCAUCUGCUUCCCCGCGCUGAUGGAGGCGUGCGUGUCGUUCCCGCGCCGCGCCAGCGCCGCACGCCGCCUGCUGUUCCUCAAGGACGGGCUGCUUUUCGUCAUCGGGCUGGUGGGGCUGGUGGCCGGCACCUACACCGCGCUGCUCAGCAUCGUGCGCUCCUUCCAGCCCACCGCGGACGCCUGACCGCGCCCGCCUUCUCCCCCCCGCUUAGUAUUUAAGUGUACAGCAAAGUGAUAGUAUAUAACCGACGCACAGAUUUGUGAACGUUGGAGAGAAAAUGCUCAUCGGUUCACUCAUAACGCUAGUACAAAUAUUAUGGUGAUAGAUUUUGUAGAAGACAAAUUAAAUUUUAUUAACUAA